AUGUCAUUCCUAAUCAAACGACAUUCUUGGUCUACUAAUACAAAUAUUCACACAGAAACGAGCGUUUUCAGUGAUUCAACAAGUUUAUCCGAAUACAGUCCAUCGGAGCUCAGCACGAAUUAUUCGAAACCAAUUCGCCAUUUGUUUCUUGUUCGUCAUGGACAAUAUCAACGCUAUCGAACAGAAGUCGAUGGUCAUUUAACAGACAAAGGACAGGAACAAGCGUGGUAUGCAGCGAAUUUUCUCGUCUCUCAAUUACCGGAAAAUGUUCUUUUUGAUUCGUUAACACAUUCAGAUAUGAUACGAACACGAGAAACUGCGACAAUCAUUUAUAAACAAUUGAAAUUAAUGAAUAAAAUCGAUAUCGAAUACUUUUCCAUUGAUACUGAUUUUCGCGAACAUAAUUUACUUCUUGGAUUUCUUAUUGAAGGAAACUGGCGUGCACUAAAACGUGAUUAUUUUCAUUUAAAAAACAGUCAAACAACAUUUGAAAUCGUCGUUGCACAUCGAAACAUCAUUGGUCAUUGUAUUGAACUAUUAACAAUGAUUCAACCUGAUAAAUCUAUUUCAUUCAACGCAUCAGUUACACAUAUCAUCGUUGAUGAAAAGGGUCCAACUGUUGAUUAUGCGUACAAACAUGAUUUUAUUCCUGAAGAAUUCUUAACUAUGUGGGAAAUUUACCUUCCAAUCACCAAAUCUCAUCAUCGAGAACGGCAAUACGUCCAUUCGAACGUCGAUGCCGUUCAAGGUCGAGAGAGAAGAGGUUGUUGUAUACGUUUAGUUAUCUCAUGUCUUCGUUAA